GAGGAGGAGAGGAAAAGAGAGAGAGGGAGGGCAAGCCACUGACACCAAGAAAGAAACAUACAAGCCGGAAUAGGAACUUAUGAAGAGGAACAUUCGGAUACUGGCUGGAUAUCAAACUCGUUGAUUUCAGUGGACCGUCCUGGACCCAUGAUGUAGUCAGCAGCUCAGGCUCCGCCCCCUCUGCUCCAUUUGUGUCAUAUUCUCUCACAGCCUCUUGUAUCUCUCGGGCUGGACGGUGGUGCUCUGACCUCGGCUCGCCCUCCCCUGCCGCCCCGGGCCCCAGCCAUGGCCUCUCGCAUUGGGCUGCGCAUGCAGCUGAUGCGGGACCAGCUGCAGCAGGAGGAGCAGCGCGAGCGACAGCAGCAGAACGCAGCUCUGCAUUUUAUGAACAGAACCUCAGCUCCUCCGCCCACCCCCGCCAUCAGCACCCCCCAACACUACCAGAGUAUGCAAGUGCCAGCCGAAGUACUCAAGGUGCAGACUCACCUGGAGAACCCCACGGAUUACCACAUCCGACAGUCUGUGAGACAACAGGUGAAGGAGUACCUGUCCACCACCUACGCCACCAAACAGACCAUCCAGACAGUGACUGGGCCGGUUCCUCCCUCUCCUCCUCCUCCACCUCCUUCUCUGGGCCCCCCGGCAGGGUUAGCCCCUCACCCUGGUUCUUUGCACUCCUCCCACAUGCACUCAGACCAGCUCCUAUCGGGGAACAGCGCCCCCAACAGUCCCAUGGCCAUGCUCAACAUCAGCUCCGGGCACGAAAAAGAGAUGGAAAAUGUCAUUGACGUCAUCGAUGAUAUCAUCAGCCUGCAGUCAAACUACGACGAUAUUCACUCCUACAUCGACCCCAUAAUGCCCAACACACUGCCCCUGUCCAACAGUCACUUGGACGUGUACACCGGUCCUGGGAUGAAGGGCCCCGGGAUCGCUAUGACCAGCAACUCCUGCCCGGCCAACCUCACCAUCAAACGAGAGCUGUCAGACGCAGAAGCCCGAGCUCUGGCCAAAGAGAGACAGAAGAAAGACAACCACAAUCUCAUUGAGCGAAGGAGGAGAUUCAACAUAAACGACCGCAUCAAGGAGCUGGGCACAAUGAUCCCCAAAACCAACGACCUGGACGUGCGCUGGAACAAAGGCACGAUCCUGCGGGCUUCGGUGGAGUACAUAAAGAGAAUGCAGAAGGAUGUGCAGAGGACCCGAGAGGUGGAGAACAACUAUAAACGCAUGGAGAUGGCCAAUAAACAGCUGAUGCUACGUAUACAGGAGUUGGAGAUGCAGGCUCGCCUCCACGGCCUCCCUAGCUCCUCCCCUUCUGGCCUGAACCCGGCUGAUCUCAUGGCGUCCUUCAUCAAACAAGAGACUAGCCCUGACGAGACCCUCUCACACCCCCAAGUACAGGGACACCACCCCCACCUACCCCACAACCAGCAGCAGCAGCAGCAGCAGGCUCACUAUAUGGGCUCGCACCUUCACAACCAGGCCCCGCACCACACCCAACCCCUCCACCACCAGCCCCUCCACCAGCAACAACCGCCCCCCAUUCAGUACCCGGCCGUGGGGAGCUCCCAAUAUGACUAUACCUCCACUUUGGACUUUGUUGAUGGGAUGGCUGGGUUCUCCGAUGGCAUGGGGGGAUUAGGGGAUAUGACCGGAGUAGAUGCCCAGGGAAGGAGGAGCGAUCUGAGCUUCUUGAUGAUGGAUGAGCCCCUCUCGCCCAUGGGUGUAGAUCCACUACUGUCUGCCAUGUCUCCCGAAGCAUCCGUGGAUUCGAGCCGGAGGUCCAGCUUUAGUAUCGAGGACGGGGAUAUAAUGUAGAAGUCAUAUCAACAUACGAAA